AGAGAGAGAGAGAGAGAGAGAGAGAGAGAGAGAGAGAGAGAGAGAUGGCUGUGUUUUAUUUAAAGCGAAUAAACUAAAGGAAAUUGUCAGUGUGUAAGCUGAGGAGCACAAACAACCAUCAGGUUGUGCAGGAUGACGAUCCAGUCAGCAAUUAGCAGAGACAUUUUCACUCCACUCCAUGAGAAGUUACUAACAGUGAUUGAAGUAAGAAAGAGGAGGAGAAGACUGACCUUCAUCCCAGCAGGGCGUAAGGGGGAUUACAUCACCUUUCUGUGUCUGUCAGUGACAAAUAAAAAGCCAACUCAAGUUUUCAUCACCAAAGUGAAGCAGUUUGAAUUUUCUCCUCAAUUUGAGAGACGUUCACACUGGAGUUUGGAUCAGCUACGUCGAGUAGACGGCAUCGACCCCGACAAGGACAGUCCAGAGUUUGACCUGGUGUUUGAUCACAGAUCUGAUCAGUGGGUCACUGCAUCAUCAGCGGAGAAAUGCAUGUUCAUUCAGAUCCUCUAUCAUCUCUGCCAGCAAUACUGGGAGAGUCAGAGGGAGCUCAGUGUCACAGCGCCCCCUGUGGGCCAGAAACUCACCUCCACCCCUGCCUCCACCCCUGCCUCCACCUCCACCGACCAAACAACUGUCCUAGAGAAGAAGAAGAAGAAGAAAAGUCAUGAUGUGCUUUGUCCCACUGAAUUUGUUAACUGCCAGUCCAAAUUACUGGGAGAUGCCUGCUCACUAAACAUCAUCAUCUACCGCUGGAAAAUCUUCCUGUUCAGAAUGAGGAACUCCAUGACCUCUUCUCAAGAACAGCGUCACAGUCAGAAAGUAGGCAUGUCCAGCUCCUCACCUCCAGCGCAGAGCAUCAUGGGAACAGUGGGUCGGAGGGCGAGUCAGGUGUUCAGCGAGCGCGGUGACGUUAAACAGCUCCCGGAAAACGUACAAAAGUUUGCCAUGAAGCAACGGGAUUAAAAUCAGGCUACCGUCACCUCUGUGUGUGUUUAACACACACACACACACACACACUCACUCACCACACACACUCACGCACACACACACACACACACACACACACACACAAACCAAUACACAAUGCUUUGUAAUAACCUCAGUGUUGGAUUGUUUCAGCCACUAGAGGGCGAUACUGAGUUCUAAAAACUCUGAGCUUCUUAAAAGAAUUUUGUGUAUUUUGGGAUUUUUCUCUUAUACAGUAACAUAUCGGUUGAUGUUACACACAUAAUGUAAUAAUUAUAAUAAAUACAGAUUUCAGUGUUAAAACACUGUGGUCUUGUUAUUUAAAGAACUCAAAGCUGUAGUUUAUAUUUAAAAUACUUUAAAUACAGAAAUUAUGGAUCAAUGUUAUACCUAUGAAGAAGUAUUUAAACUGUUUGUAUUUGUUAACAUUUUCUGAGGGAAUAAGAAUCUUCCCACAACACGACACUACCACCACCGUGCUUCAUGGCAGAUUGGGCUUCCAUUGAACUAAACACUCAUUCAUCAGUCAUUAUUGAUAAAUGAAAUUUCUUCACAUUGCUACUGAUUAGUAAAACACAAGAGUACAAUGAACUCUGUGUGUUAAUUAUUAAAAAUAAAUUAAUUAUUAAUGUUAAA